GGGGCCCCGAGCGCUCCCCGCCCGGCGCCUGCGGGGACGACGCCCAGGCUGGCGCGGGCCAGGCCGGCUUCCCAACUUAGGGAGGCGGGGUGGAAGGGGGUGCUUUCCCUUUCUCUCAAAUUCGUGUUGUGCUGGUGAACUCAUCCCGGGUCCAGCAUGACGAUCCGACACCAAGGCCAGCAGUACAGGCCGAGGAUGGCAUUUCUCCCAAAGAUUGAAGCAUUGGUGAAAGACAUGCAGAACCCAGACACAGGGGUCAGAAUGCACAACCAGAGGGUCCUGGUCACCAGUGUCCCUCACGCCAUGACAGGAGGUGAUGUUCUACAGUGGAUUGUCCAGCGUCUUUGGAUCUCCAAUCUGGAGGCCCAGAACUUGGGCAACUUUAUUGUCAAGUACGGGUACAUCUAUCCUCUGCAGGAUCCCAAGAAUCUCGUUCUCAAGCCCGACAGCAGCCUCUAUCGAUUUCAGACACCAUAUUUUUGGCCCACCCAGCAGUGGCCAGCUGAAGAUACAGAUUACGCCAUCUAUCUCGCCAAGCGAAAUAUCAAGAAGAAAGGGAUUUUAGAAGAAUACGAAAAGGAAAAUUACAAUUUCUUGAACAAAAAAAUCAACUACAAGUGGGACUUUGUCAUUAUGCAGGCCAAAGAGCAGUACAGGACUGGGAAGGAAAGGAACAAGGCUGACAGGUACGCAUUGGAUUGCCAGGAAAAGGCAUACUGGCUGGUGCACCGAAGCCCUCCAGGAAUGAAUGAUGUGCUGGACUAUGGCCUGGACCGAGUGACCAAUCCAAAUGAAGUUAAGAAACAAACAAUCCCUGCUGUCAGAAAAGAGAUCAUGUAUUACCAGCAGGCCUUGAUGCGGUCUACAGUGAAGUCUUCCGUGUCCCUGGGAGGGAUUGUCAAGUACAGUGAGCAGUUCUUGUCCAAUGAUGCCAUCAUGUCGGGCUGCCUCCCCAGCAACCCCUGGAUAACAGAUGACACCCAGUUCUGGGAUUUAAAUGCCAAAUUGGUGGAAAUCCCCACCAAGAUGCGGGUGGAAAGAUGGGCCUUCAACUUCAGUGAAUUGAUCCGGGACCCUAAGGGUCGACAGAGCUUCCAGUACUUUCUCAAGAAAGAGUUCAGUGGGGAGAAUCUGGGAUUCUGGGAAGCCUGCGAGGAUCUGAAGUAUGGAGACCAGUCCAAGGUCAAGGAGAAAGCAGAGGAGAUCUACAAGCUGUUCCUGGCCCCAGGGGCCAGGCGGUGGAUCAACAUUGAUGGGAAGACGAUGGACAUCACCGUGAAGGGGCUGAGGCACCCCCACCGCUACGUGCUGGACGCUGCGCAGACCCACAUUUACAUGCUCAUGAAGAAGGAUUCGUAUGCCCGCUACUUAAAAUCUCCAAUCUAUAAAGAAAUGCUGGCCAAGGCUAUCGAACCUCAGGAAACCACCAAGAGAAGUGCCGGCCUCCCGUUCAUGCGCCGCCACCUACGUUCCAGCCCGAGCCCUGUCAUCCUGAGACAGCUGGAAGAGGAAGCGAAGGCUCGAGAAGCAGCCAACACCGUGGACAUCACCCAGCCAGGCCAGCACAUGGCUCCCAGCCCCCACCUGGCCGUGUACACGGGGACCUGCGUGCCUCCCUCUCCUUCGGGCCCCUUCUCCCCGUCCUGCCGCUCUCCCCGGAGGCCUUUCCCCUCGCCCAGCCGCUUCAUCAGGCGGCCCAGCACUGCCAUCUGCCCCUCACCCAUUCGAGUCGCCUUGGAGGGCUCUUCAGGCUUAGAGCCGAAGGGGGAGGCCAGCUGGUCUGGUGCCCAGGGCGAUAGCAGCGAGACCUCCAUCGAUGGCCCCGCGUCACUCAGCCAGCCCAGGGCCCCUGCCAAAGCCCGGCCGGCCCUGUCCCUCAGCAGGUUUCUGAGGCGAGGUUGCUUGGCUUCUCCGGUCUUUGCCAGGCUCUCACCCAAGUGCCCAGCUGUGUCCCACGGGAAGGUGCAGCCCCUGGGGGACGUGGGCCAGCAGCUGCCCAGGCUGAAACCCAAGAAGGUAGCAAACUUUUUCCAGAUCAAAAUGGAUGUGCCUACAGACAGUGGACACUGCCUAGUGGACUCGGACGACGCUGGGACAGGGGAGUCUGGUGACCGGGCUACAGAAAAUGAGGUCAUCUGUCCCUGGGAGAGCCUGGCGGAGGGCAAGGCUGGCUGAGCUGAGGCCUUGGACCAGGAGCAUCUUCCUGGCAGAUAGAUACUGCCAGACUGGGCCGUGCUGCACACCUGUUCUCAAACCAAAGUGCAUUAGAAUGAAAAUGGAGGGCUGGAGAGACUGGGGAACAGUCCUCUGGCUGGCUGGCUCCCCUACUUCCCGAGUCAUGAUGUCCCCUUGCGUGGCAAAAAAAAAGGCAUGCGGGCCUGAAGAUGUCCCUUGCUGCCUUAAUACCAAUAAAAGGAUAACUG